AUGGAGUUCAAAGACCUAUCAGAAAAUUCUAGACAUGGGCAGUUCAUGAAACAAGCCCUGUGGAUGGGCGAGAAAGCGCUUGAGUCAGGCGAGACCCCUGUGGGUUGUGUCCUGGUACAUAACGAUCAGAUUGUGGGAUCGGGCAUGAAUGACACGAAUAGAUCAAUGAAUGGAACUAGACAUGCUGAGUUCAUAGCAAUUGGAGAGAUGCUUCAAAGCUACCCCCGAUCAGCAUUGCAAUCUACUGAUCUUUACGUUACGGUUGAACCCUGCGUGAUGUGUGCCUCUGCACUGAGGCAGUAUCGGAUUCGCAGUGUCUACUUUGGGUGCGCCAAUGAUCGGUUUGGAGGCACUGGAGGAGUUCUUCCAUUACACUCCGACCCCUCAAUUGACCCUCCAUAUCCGGUCUACGGCGGGUUGUUCGAGAAGGAAGCAAUCAUGUUGCUCCGUCGUUUCUAUAUCCAAGAAAACGAGAAAGCUCCCAACCCUAGACCAAAAAAGCAUCGAGAGUUGAACACCAGAUUCGAGGAUGGCAGCGAAGAGGCAACA